AUCGCUAGCCCGACCCACCACCAUCAUGAGCAACGUCCCGAACCGCGCCACCAAGUCCGGCUUCGCCGCCGAGGCUCAGAAGAAGAUCAUGAGCAAGUACAGCCCGGAGCUGGCCAGCCAAGUGCUCGCGUGGAUCGCGGACAUCACCGGCGAGAACAUCAACACCAGCGGUGACAACACCAACUUCUGGGAGACACUCAAGGAUGGCACCCUGCUCUGCAAUUUGGUCAACGAGAUGAAGCCUGGCAGCGUCAAAAAGAUCCAGCAGAGCAAGAUGGCCUUCAAGUGCAUGGAGAACAUCAACAACUUCCUGGCGGCCUGCCGGGCAAUGGGCGUCACAUCGGAGGAGCUGUUCCAGACGGUUGACCUGUGGGAGCAGCAGAACCUCCACAUGGUGGUCAUCUGCCUGGAGUCGCUCGGACGCAAGGCGCCGAACUUCGGCAAGCCCGGUCUCGGACCCAAAGAGGCGGAGAAGAACGAGCGUCAAUUCACCGACGAACAACUCAACGCCGGCAAAAACACCAUCGGUCUGCAGAUGGGCAGCAACAAGGGCGCCACCCAGUCUGGCAUCAGCUUCGGCAACACCAGGCACAUGUAGGCGACGCGCGCCGGCCUUCAACUCGCUGCUGUGUAUUUAUCAUUCCCUGAAGCGCCCCGACGCCGAGGUGUAUUUAAUUCCGCGUGAGGUAGCACGAGAGGAGGCAUCACGUGGACGUCCGAUGGUUGAGAAAUCGCAUUUAAGGGGCUUGUUAUCGAAUCGGGUCGCAAUUUUUGUCCUUGUAGAGCGCGUGUUCGGCGUCACAGUGUCCGACGCGUCUCCCGUCGCUCUACGGUGCAAUGUCGAACGUGAUGAUGCGGUCACGACCAGGGACCACUUCUUCCUGAGACAGUCCUGUUCUUAUUGUGCCUUCCCUUUGUGGUGUUAACCAUAACGUUUUUUUUACAAUAAACGUUUCAACUGUA